CAAAUUUUGGGUUUAAAAUUUUUUAGGGCUUUGAUGGGAGGACUAGCCAACACUAGCAGCGGCAAUGGCCGCGGUUUCGACUAUUUUGCUGCCGAUUAGCCCAGUUCUUUCCUCCAAGAAGCUGCCCCUGCAUUCUUCUUCGAAGAUCCUCCGCGAAUUUUCAGUUGGAUUGGCAGUAGCGUCCUCUCAGUCGAUUCUCAAUUGCAGGAAGGCUAUGGCGGCAAUGGCCGCAGGAGAGAACGCGGCAGUAAUGGCUUCCAACCGGCCAUUUGGAGUGCUCUUCGUGUGCUUGGGGAAUAUAUGCCGCAGUCCAUCCGCCGAGGCUGUGUUUAGAUACAUUGUUGAGAAAAGGGGAUUGAGCUCUCGAUUUAAUAUCGACUCGGCUGGAACUAUUGACUAUCACGAGGGCGAUCCAGCAGAUGCAAGGAUGAAGGCAGCAGCUAUCAAACGUGGAGUUUUGCUCACAUCGAUUUCCAGGCCGAUCAAACCAUCCGAUUUCGAUGAGUUUGAUCUCAUCCUCGCGAUGGACAAGAAGAACAAAGCCGAUAUCUUGAAGGCUUAUACAAUAUGGAACAAAAACCAACCUUACGAUGUGGACUCUAGAGACAAGGUCAAACUCAUGUGUUCUUACUGUCAAAAGAACGAAGCCACCGAGGUUCCCGAUCCGUAUUACGGUGGUCCUGCUGGUUUCGAAAAGGUGCUAGACCUCUUGGAGGAUGCCUGCGAAGGCUUGCUAGAUUCCAUCAUGGCGGCGAGCUAGUCGAAUAAUCUUUCAGAGACGCGAAUAUUCGGUGACGUCCUGUUCAUAUUACAGCCGUCGUGAAGUAAAAGGCAUCUCCCCCAUCGUUGUCUGAUAAGUUUCCACGAUUCUUCUUUGGACUUUACACUUUCUCGCUCGGUGCUGUUCCAGGUAGGGUGUUUAGAGGAAGGCGAAGAGCGCGUAGUAAAUAACGGCUUCUCGAUUCCUUCAAAUCAGGAAAAAGGAAAGGAAGUUUUACUUGGAACUCUCGAAUGGCUGCGACACUGGCUACUGCUGGAUCACACAGUCUACUCAAGGCGAAGCUUGGAAGUUCUCCCUCUCCAGAGCUUCUCGGGGUCUUCAAGAGGUUUGAUGCUACUGCUGCUGCUAGGCUGGGAUCUCGCGGGGCCGCCGUUGCGAGCUCCUCUUCCUCCGAGUCUGUCCAGAGCGUGACGAAGAAGAAGAAGAAGAAGCUUCCCGAUGCUGCUUGGCCGGUUCUCUUUUACAGAGACUGGGUGGAGAAGUACGGGAGCUCCAAGUUCCACGGGGAAGAAGAGGACGAGGACGAGGUAGUGAGAGUUGGAAGCUCCAGCGAUGGCGAUUCCUCUUCUCGGCAAAAUCUCAAUGGGAGUUCUAGCGGCGACGAGCAGUCAAAGACGACCGGUGGAAAGAUCUGAGGGGUGAGUAACAAGAAAAAGAAUAAGUUUUCUACUUCAACACUUUUAAUAGCUUCCAAGAAUCGUGCAACUCGUUUCAAAUAAAAGUUGAAAGAGGGUCCCAAAGAACACGAGCUUCUUGUAAAUUAACAAAAAUCUAUGACUAUUUGUAA